AUGUCGGGCGGGGAUGGAUAUUUUCGGCUGUUUCUGUGUCUUCUGGUUGGAAUUGGUUUGGUAAUUGGAAGUGCUUUAAUCAUUUAUGCUAAGAGGUCGCCAAUUGAAGCAGUACCAAUCAGCGGUAUACACGACAUACGGCAAUUUAAAUGGGCACAAGUUGAAAAUAAAGACUUGCAAUUAGGGAAAAUCAUAGCGCCUGAUAUACAAGCACCUGAAUCUAUUGCAAUAGACAGUGACGAUAACCUAUAUACCGGUCUAGAAGAUGGGCGAGUCGUCAAAAUAGAAAAUCCCGGGGAGGAAAAUCAAACCAUCACCGACUUAACGAAAUCGUUCGACUUUGCUAAAGGAAGCAAACGAAGCAAGAAACGUCCCCUCGGCAUUCGCUUACAUGGGUCAAAGUUAUAUUUCGCAGAUGCCUACCAGGGGGUGAUUAUGAUAAAUUUAGAAUCUACAAGUUACGAAGUCAUUUUGCGCUACGAUGACGUAACUCCCCAUUUAGUAUUUCCAGAUGACCUAACCAUAACGUCGGAUGGUAAAACGAUAUUUUUCACUGAUAUGAGUUUGAAAUGGGCUUAUGAGGAAAUCGCUCUCUUUGCUCUGGAAGGAGAAUGCAGUGGAAGGCUUUUCAAAGUUGAUGUGGAGACAAAACGUACAGAACUAGUGCGUGAUGGUUUAUGUCAUCCUAAUGGCAUUGAAAUUGACCGGGACGAUAGCAAAGUCCUUGUGGCCGAGCACAAUCGUCGCCGUAUUGCCAUCAUUGACACAGAGUCUGGGAAGGUUGUGCGACAUGUUUUAUUACCCGGUGGGCCAGAUAACAUUCGAAGAAGGCAUAAUGGCGGGUAUUGGGUGUCGAUUCCUUAUUUGCCCGAUCCGGGACAUUUUGUGACAUGGGACCCGGUUUAUCGCAACAUAAUUGCAGGGGCUUUAGGAGAAAAAGGAGUUCUUGGUUUGUUCAGCCUAAACCAAGGAAUAGCGGUUAAGUUGGAUGAAGACUUUGAGCCUGUAAGCAUCCACUAUGAUUUGGAAGGGAAACUGUCGAAAGCGAUUACAGAAAUAUCUGAACUUAGCGAUGGAAGACUCGCUGUGGGAUCGUUCGUUGUAAAAGGAAUUCCAUUGGUGGAUCCUCUGCCUUCCGACUGA